AUGCCUGGUGCUGCCCUCCUGCUCAAAUUUGAAAACGCUCCAUUUCCGUCAAUUACAAUAUGCAAUUUGAAUCCGUAUAAGAAAAGUGCGAUUCAGUCGAAUCCCAACACCAAGGCGAUGAUGGAGGCGUACAGUAGGCGGAUUGGUUCUGGUGAUAAGUCAGAAGGAAUCGCCGCCGCGUUGUCUGCUUCCGGUGCUCUACAUGCCAAAGUCCGUCGUGCCAAACGAAAAGCCAAAGGAAAACCACGAUUACGAGACCGUCGUUACCAUCAAGCCUUCGCCCAGUGCCUUUGUGAUAUCGAGCCAUUGACUGGAGACCGAAAGGGUUCUUGUUUUGCCGCUUUCAAAGGAAAAAUCGAGAUCGACACCAAUAGCACAGCGGGAUUCAUGAAUCUUCAUACAUCGCGAUGUUUGUGCCAAUUGGAUACGAUAUCAAAAACACUGUGGCCCUGUUUUCCUUAUUCAUCUUGGAAAGAGAAGCUAUGUUCCGAGUGUGUCGACAACACCGGUCAUUGUCCAAUGCGCUUCUAUAAGGGCAAUGAGCUCUAUGAGAAUAUCAAGGAACAAGUGGACCUAUGUCUCUGUCAUAAGGAAUACAAUCAUUGUGUUUCGACGCGAGACGAUGGAGUGAUCAUAGAAAUCGAUCCAAACGACGAAUUGGGAAACUUGGAUAUUGGCAAGAAGGUGGCAAGUCAAUUGAGUCUUCGAGAGGAAAAGCUAGCUGAAACCACAACGACCGAGGCGCCAGCAGUGACUCAGGCCUUGGGAUUUGAAGAGCUCACUGAUGAUAUUGCAAUCACAUCACAGGCCCAGGAAAACCUCAUGUUCGCUGUUGGAGAGAUGCCACAAUCAGCUAAAGAGGGAAUGUCGUAUGAGUUGGAUGAACUGAUCUUGAAGUGUUCUUUCAAUCAGAAGGAUUGUCAAAUGGAGCGUGAUUUCAUUUUGCAUUAUGACAACACCUUUGGAAAUUGCUACACUUUUAAUCACAACCGAACAGCAGAAGUGGCUUCACACAGAGCUGGAGCCAACUAUGGACUUCGUGUUCUUCUCUACGCCAAUGUCAGUGAGUACUUGCCAACAACAGAUGCAGUUGGAUUUAGGAUUACUGUACAUGACAAGCACAUCGUCCCGUUUCCCGAUGCUUUUGGUUAUUCGGCACCUACAGGAUUCAUGUCCUCGUUUGGAGUUCGAAUGAAACAAUUCAUCCGCCUCGAACCCCCAUAUGGUCACUGCCGUCAUGGUGGAGAGGAUAGUCCAACUUACGCUUAUGACGGCUUCCAUUAUUCCGUAGAAGCGUGUCACCGAAGUUGUGCUCAGAAGGUGAUCGUUGACACUUGUGGGUGUGCAGAUCCAAUGUAUCCGAUCGCCGAGAUGUUUGGGAAUGAUACGAAACCAUGUCAAGCAGUGAAUAUGGAGCAGAGAGAAUGCCUCCGAAACACAACGCUGUAUCUCGGAGAGUUGUAUUCCAAAGGAAAAGAGUCAGUGAUACCGGACUGUUAUUGUCAUCAGCCUUGCCAAGAAACCAACUACGAAGUGACCUAUUCCUCGGCUCGAUGGCCUUCUGGAUCUGCCAAAGUCAUGGAAUGCCUGCCAGGCGACUUUAUGUGUCUUGAAAAGUAUCGAAAGAAUGCGGCGAUGGUCCAGAUUUUCUAUGAGGAGUUGAACUAUGAAACGAUGAAAGAGACGCCAGCCUACACGCUAACAUCAGUGCUAGCCGAUCUUGGUGGUCUUACUGGACUGUGGAUUGGCGCUUCAGUAGUGUCCAUGUUGGAGAUUGUGUCGCUAAUUUGCAUGGCCGCUAAUGGCUACUAUAAGGACAAGACCGAAGAACGAAAAUCCUCGCUAUCGGCCCAAUCUCAUCAUUCCAUACCUGUUCAAAGAGCUUCCAGAGGCUCAUUGAAUACGCUCCACAAGAGCAGUACGACACAAAGCGUCAAGUUGUCUGUAAUCGAUAUUCGAUCACUUCAUUCCAAUCACUCGUCGAAGAGCAAGCAGUCCAUAUUUAUUGAGGAUCUACCGCCAGCGAUACAGAAUCUAGGAACCAUUACAUCAUUCCAGGAACAAAGCGACGAUGAAGAAACAUCAGAAUCUUCCCGAACCAACGGCUCCUGCCGAUAUCUGGCUCCCGGUGAAGACCUUCCCUGUCUUUGCAAAUACCAUUCUGAUGGAACCAUAAAAGUGAUGAAGGCGUUGUGUCCGGUGCACGGUUAUAUGGUUCGACGAAACUAUGAUUAUAGUGUGUCCAACAGCGAAGAAGAAGACGUCGAAGAUGAGGUUCAUCUCGAGCCAGAACCAUUCUACACAGCUCCCUAUGAACAUCGCAAAAAAAGUACUGCUUCCAAAAAGCCCAAAAAAUCAACCGCUGGUGGUCCACCACCACCACCAGACGAGGAUCUUGCUAUGGAAGCGCACAAUGAUCCAACAGAUGGUCAACGAACUGAAGAACCAUAA